AUGCCUCCUGAGGCGUCAACGAACAUGACCUCGGACGGACCGGUUGGUGGUGCCAUAGCCCACUCUGCCCGUGUGCCCAGCUCCGGUACUUGCGAGGAGGAAAAUGCUGUGGCCUCGCAAAACCACGAGCUCGAGAACCAGCAACCUGCCCACGCCAACCAGCAAGACGAAAUCGAGGUCCUCUACCACGUGGCCCGUUCCCUGCCACAGCCACAGCUGCGUCCAUCCGCGCGGCCGAAUCAAACACCACCCCCGUUUCCACUCUCUGCUGUCCGAAAAACCUCACCAGGCCUUGCUGCGAGGCUCAAGGCCCUCGGCAUUGGGACCUCAAAACAGACCCCUUCAGUCCCAACACCGCAACACGACCACAUAGGCCGUCUCGACGAACAACAACUCCGCCAACUGGACGAAAAACACCAGGCAAACUCCAUCAGCUCCAUUAUUGCUAGGCGCGGCCGGCCUUGGAGAGGCGCCGGCGCCUCCACGUCGGGCCUGCUCAAUACAACGACCGAGCCCAUCGUUGCCUUCGACUCGCCUCAGUUGCCUGAGAUCAGAACACCAGAACCUUUGGCCAUGGAUGCACAAAAGUAUCGCUUGCCGGACCAUACGAAUGGCAAUGGCACCAAGGUGACCCUCAGCACACGGCGCGAACACAUCGAGCGUACGACUCGCCCUCCGUCUCCUCCAGAAGCUGGCCCUCCUCCUCCGCCGAAAGACACGCCGCCGCCUGUCACACCCCCCGCCAUCGCGUCUCCGAACGACUAUGUAGCUGAGCUAAAUUCAUACUUCACGCCCGGUCACAACCGACCCGGCUCUAUAUACACUUUAUCUCGCGCUUCAUUCGCGAACCAGCUGGCUCAGCUGACGUCCCUCCAACUGCCUGAUGCCGAAACCUUGGCGGGCAAAGUAUCAUCCAUUCGAACAGCUCACGUAGCUACCAUGGCUCUCAUCAACGCCUCCGAACAAAUACGAAGUUGGAUCUCCAAAGCACAAGAAGUCAUUGGUGGUCUAGACAGCGAAGAUGACGUUGAAUGGGCCGCCGCUGGAGGUCGGGAGGGUCUCGAAGAGGUUGAGAACGCCAUCGCUCGUUUCGAAGAUUUAAUCAGCGCAUAUAUUGGUGCAAUUGAGGAAUUGCAAAAACGGAGUGAUAUUUCCCAUGUUCCUUCAGAUGACCUCAAAAAGGCAGUUGCACAAAUGGAAUUAAUCAUUGAUGAGUGGGCCGACAUCCGGGCUGCCCUGCAAAGUGUCCGGGUCCAAGUUGAGAUUGCAAUGGAAUGGGAAGAGCUAUGGAACAAUGUCUUGGGAGAUAUUCAAGGCGAAAUGGACGAACUGAGCAGAUUGGUUUUCGAAAUGGAGGAGCGUCGCCACAAGAGCAUUGCUGCUGGUGCUAGCGACAACGUCGAUAUUGGCGACCUCGAAAAUAUCGUCGAGGACUCGCCUCCCCCUGGCACUCGCCUGCAGGCCCCUAGCCGCUUCAAUCUGUCCUCAACGCCCAUGAGCCCUGGCCCUCCUGGCACACCCAGUCUCUCGCAGGAUGACUCUAGCCUUUUGGCCUUAUUUGCCAGGAUGCAACCUCUCCGAGCGUCUCUGGACUUUUUGCCCAUGCGACUAUCGGUAUUUGAGGCCCGGGCUGAAAAGGCAUUUCCAACAGCGUGCGAGGAGCUUGAGAUGCGUCGCAGUGGCCUGGAUGGUAGUUACAAGAAGCUGGAAAAGGAUGCAGAGUCUCUACGAAAGGAGUUGGGUGAGGACCGUUGGGUUCUAGUCUUCCGCGGUGCUGGCCGUCAAGCGCAGAAGAUGCACGAGUCCGUCCGGCGGUCUCUACUCAAACUCGGUGAAGCCAUUGACACCGAGGCCCAUUUACAAAGUCCACCCACGAUGAUGAAGAAAAUCGAGAGUUACGAGGCAAAGAAGACACACUAUGGCCCGGCCAUCGAACGAAUUCUGUCCAUCAUUGACAGAGGUGUCAAGGAUCGCUUGACUGUCAACGGCGAGAUCCUCCGUCUUCACACUGACAUGCAGACUCGAUGGGAGUCGCUCAAAGGCCAGAUGGAAGAAAUGGAUGCAAUUGUUGAUGACGUCCAGGUAGAUAGGAAAAGUCAACCAUUACGGGACUCUGUGUCGAGCAUGCUCUCCAUCGACAGGUCGACUGUUGGGAGCGGACGCGACACACCAGGAAGCUCUCCGCCAUCGUCAGUCAUUAUGACUUCUCUUGGCCUCGAUCCACAAACGCCUCUGACAAAGGGCAAAGGACGUUCCGCAGCCCUCAAUAAGAUUCCUCAGUCAACUGGCCGAAGAUACUCGUCUUUGCCCGCUCCCUCAUCCAACCUGAGCAGAAGAAAUGGCCCCAGGCUGUCAACAAUUGCGAGUUCCUCUUCUGCUACCCCUGCCAACAAUGCCAGAACUCCUGGGCGUCCAGGGGCUGCUGGCGGCCCAAGGCCGCCUUGGAACGGUUCCACCAAUACGUCGGACCUUGAUACUGGACAUCAUUUUGAGCCACUCAGCCUGACCAUACCGAGUCCUUUUACAAGAACGACGCCCAACAGCCAGCGAUCAGUAUCCGCCCUCACGCCCUCGUCGGCAUCAAAACUCCCAACUCUCAGGGGACCCUUUUCCAGAUCCUUUUCCGAAUCCCCCAAAGUGGACGACACUCCAUCCAGAGGCGGUCGUUCUCGGCUAUCGUUCCGUGAGCGACUCACGUCACCUGGGCCUUACUCUCAGCAGACUCUAUCCAGGCCGCGAUUGACCUCAAAAAGCUCCAUGUCUGCCCUGUCUUCGCAUCGCCGAGCCUCAAUGCAGCCCACCGGCUCCGAUGGUGCUAUGGCACAAGACCAGUUGUCCCGUCCAGCAAGCUCGCUGGCUUCUAGCUAUCGACGAACGAGCUUUUUGCCACACCUCAAACGGGGUGAAGGGAGCACAGGUCGAAGUAGUCCUCAGCUUUCCGCUGCUAGCCGCUUCUUUAAUAAGAACGUUACUGUAGAUCCUAAAGAUUCAAGACCACGUUGGCGUCACUAA